UCUCUGUGGUCUUCCGUGUCAACAUGGCGGCAUCCAUGGCAUCCCAGGCUGCAGCAAGAGGACUGAGGACAGCAACCUCAAAGCACAUACUUCUGGACAAACUCAAGUGCACCUGGUUGAGUCCCAGGAGAUGGCUGAAUCUGCAAGAGUACCAGAGCAAGAAGCUGAUGCAAGAGAGUGGCGUGGCCGUCCAGCGCUUCUAUGUGGCCGACACAGCUUCUGAGGCCCUGGAGGCUGCGAAGAGACUCAAUGCCAAGGAGAUCGUGUUGAAAGCUCAGAUUCUGGCCGGUGGCAGAGGAAAGGGUGUGUUUGACAGUGGCCUUAAAGGUGGAGUGCACUUAACUAAGGACCCUGCUGUGGUCGGUGAACUGGCCAAUAAGAUGCUGGGUUUCAACCUGACUACGAAACAGACACCGAAAGAUGGAGUGAAAGUGAAAACGGUGAUGGUUGCUGAGGCCCUGGAUAUUAGCAGGGAGACCUACUUUGCCAUUCUAAUGGACCGCGCUUGUAAUGGUCCUGUCAUGGUAGGAAGCCCCCAGGGAGGUAUGGAUAUUGAAGAGGUUGCUGCCAACUCCCCAGAACUCAUCUUUAAGGAAGUCAUAGAUAUAUUUGAAGGCGUGCGAGACGACCAGGCACUUCGCAUGGCAGCUAAUUUGGGUUUCAAAGGACCUCUGCAGAGACAGGCAGCAGAUCAGAUUAAGAGGCUCUAUGAUCUGUUCCUGAAAGUCGACGCCACUCAAGUCGAAGUCAAUCCUCUCGGAGAGACUCCCGAAGGACAAGUGGUUUGCUUUGAUGCUAAGAUCAACUUUGACGACAACGCCGAGUUCCGUCAGAAAGCCGUGUUCGCCAUGGACGACAUGACUGAAAGCGACCCCACAGAGACAGAGGCAGCUAAGUGGGACCUCAAAUAUAUUGGACUGGACGGAAAUAUUGCAUGCUUUGUGAAUGGAGCUGGUUUGGCCAUGGCCACAUGUGACAUCAUCGACCUGCAUGGAGGAAAGCCAGCUAACUUCCUGGACCUGGGGGGAGGAGUCAAAGAGAGGCAGGUUUACGAGGCCUUCAAGCUGCUGACUGCUGACCCUAAGGUUGAGGCCAUCCUGGUCAACAUUUUUGGUGGGAUUGUCAACUGUGCCAUCAUCGCCAACGGCAUCACCAAGGCCUGUCGAGAGCUGGAGCUGAAAGUGCCGCUGGUGGUUAGGCUUGAAGGCACCAACGUCCAUGAGGCCAAGAGGAUUCUGACUGAGAGCGGCCUGCCCAUCACAGCAGCAGAGAACCUGGAUGAUGCUGCUAAGAAAGCAGUGGCUGCCAUCAAGAAAUAGAAAACUCGAAGUAACCUCACCACACUCUGUCCACCAACAUUCAUGCAGUUAGAGAUCAUCACAGUCAGCCUUUUCUUACACAUUCAGACCUCCAGGACUUUAAGCCUGUGCACCCAUUGGCCUUUUUUUGUUUCAACACUAGCUUCCCAAUAAUACUUUGCCAUUCCAGUGUCAAUAUCACAGGUUACGAAGUGUGUUAUUAUUGAAACGCCAUACUGAAUUUAAAUUUUACACUCACAUUACUUAUGCUGUGUAAAUUAGGAACUUUUACCCUCUUUAAAAAAUGUCUUUUAAUUGGAAUAAGUCUUUCACUCUCAGGAUUGUCAACAGAAUUGUCAGAAAUUUGAUGGAGAGACAACAUUUUGUGCGUUCCAUGUUUCUGAGGUGAAAGACGCGGCUUUCUCUCUGCAUAUUGUGGCAUUGUGUGAGAGAGAUAUUCACUUCUAAUUUUGGCUUGAGGUAUCUUUAAAGGUACAAUAUGACUAAAAAGAACAGCCCAUUCUUAGAAAAUUAUUCAGUGGAACUUAGCUAAAAUAAAAGGUGGCAUU